CGCGCGGCGGCGCGACAGCCGCCUGCCGGGCUUUGUUCGCCGACGCAUAUGCCCGGCGCGUGGCCUCUGCGCGGCCGUGCUUUCCUGCUCUGCUUCAUUCUUGGCCGGGCCCUGUCGCCGGCUGCUUUUCAGGUCGCGCAGAUUGCGGCGCCUCUGGGGCGGGCCAAGCAGAAUCCGGCGGGCCACCAGAAUACGCGGCGGGGCGGCCAGCACCCCCGUAGCGGCAUGGCCCCCCGCCGGCGGGUGUUCUGCCUACUUUACGUGGAUCAAGCUGCUGCGCAGACUUCUAUUCUUAUUCCAGCGCAAAAUCGGUAUGCCGGGUCUCGGAACUUGUAUGUUGGGUCGCCCGCCCUCGGCGCAAAUUGCUCCCCCCGCGAAAAUAGCCCGCCCGGCGUGGCAAGCACGAAGACAAAGCCCGCGCGGCCUGCCGGCAGAGGGCCAGCGGGCCGCCUUCCCGCCCGGCCGGCGGUCCCCGCCCCUUGCUUUGCGCGCGCUUGGCGCAGGCUUUUCCCGGCGCCCGCCUUGCCCCCUGU